AUGUUUCAAAACAUCAAAAGGAAUUUAUUUGGAGGCGAUUCCGCCGACACCCUCGCAGAAGCUGUAAAGGAGCAAAGAAGACAUAUUGCUCGUUCUUUGAGAGCUCUGGACAGGCAACACCAAAAGGCAGAGGCAGAACAACAAAAGCUCCUCGCCCAGUUAAAAGCACAAGCUGUCGCCGGAGUCCAGCAGCAACAAGCGACUCAAGAGCUACACAGACACUUCACGGGCUGCGCCAAGCUCCUCUCCCUUGCUAAUAAAGCCGCUGACCUCCCAACGAUGCAGCUGGCAGUCAAAGGCUUCACCAGGGAGUCGCAGAAGCUAGGCUUGCUGGAUGAAAUGCUGAACGAAGUCCUCGAAGAUGGAACGGCCCAUUUUGGAUUCAGAACUUGGGCUGCGCUGCAGGAAGACGAAGAGGAGACAGAAGAAGAGAUCCACCAGGAGCUUAUGGAAUAUGCAAGCAUAGAAAUUGAGAGACAACUACCGGUUGGGUGUUCGUCGGCCAGAGAGGCCCCUCUACUAGGGCAGGUGCAGCAGCAGCAGCAGCAGCAGGUGCAGCAGCAGCAGGUGCAGCAGCAGCAGCGGCAGCAGCAGCAGGCCGGGAGGAAGCCGAAGCAAUCGUUGCUGCAAAAGCUUUCGUGCACCCCGCGGACAGGAGCCAGAUCCCCGUGGCUAUCAAAAGACGAAGCGGCAAUGGCUGAGCAACUCGAGCAGCGGCUGGGGUCUCUUCUACGUUAG